AUGCUACAACAGCAAUCAUCCUACACGUUACAUCAUCGAAUAAUAUACGUUAGAUAUUCCAUCGUCUGAUUUUAUCCGACGUUCGCGUCUUUGCUGCCAUCUAACGACGCAAUUUUUCAAUAGAAAUUUAUAAUACAAAGAAAUUUAGAAACAGCUUAGAAUUUAGAAUUUAAAUACAACGUGUGAAUAAUAAAAACGUAACAAACUAUUUUAAAAUUUGAGAGAAAGUAUCAUUUCACGUUAGAUGUGUUCUAUCUUUAGUCGUCCAGUACGACGUACAAUUAGGUGUUGAGUCUACUCUAUAACUUGUUCAUGGUACUAACAAACAAUUCACACGGCAGUAUUUUCACAACACGUAUUUUCUACGAAAUUUCCUACUUUAUAGUACCAAGGAAGUGCCGAGGAAGGUAGAAUUUGCUAUCGAAUGAAAAAAGUAAAAAAAUAGAGUACGUUUACAAAUUUCAUUGAAAAUUAAAUUUUCUAUCGAUAAACAACAACGUAAUAACGCAAUAACGCAUUUUUCGCAGCAGAAAGUAGCAUUUGAUACAAGAUUCGAUAGAAACAUAACGAAACUAUUUGCCAACGAGAAAGUGUAAAAAUUGCAUAAAAAUUGGCAAAAGUUUCUGCGAUAUUUUUACAUACGAUCAUAAUUUCAUAUUGUUUUUGUUACAUUUAACAAAAGGAAAAAAAAUUUUUCAAGGUACGUGAAUUUGAAUAUUUAAAUAUCUUAUCGUCGAGGAGCGAAUGCAAUCGCAAAAAAAAUUCAAACAAUUUUACGUUAUAUAGCAGCAAAUCAAAAGUUACUUACGUCGUUCUCAACAGUUCUCCUAAGAAAGAAACGAGUAUGACGAAGAAAAAGCAAACGGCUAUUUCUGGAAUUUACAAAGAGAACUGGUAUUGCAACUCCAUGCUAAGUGCGAACAAAAAUUGGAACACAUCGGCGAAUUCAGGAACAGGAACAUUCAACAGAUCUACGUUGAAAAGAAGGAACUGCGGAGAAUCGCAGCAAGACUCGAACGUUCCUUCGAAAAGAAUUUUAAGAUCUACGCACGUCACGGAGUGUCAAGUUUUGCAGAACAAUUGCGAGAGAAAUACAUCAGCUUCGUUACUGGGAAUCCCCAGUAAGAGUAACAAGAAAUUAAGCGCGAUUAAAACCUCAAACGUAAAUAUCAAGGACAAAGCAACAUUAAAACACGACGUGCAAAGUAGGAUGUGCAAGUCUAAUCGACAUUGUAAUUUGUACGACAGCAAUGGAAUCAAUCGUAAGCAAAAUACCAAAUUUCAACAGGAAAACUUACUCGCGUACGAAACAAACUUAUCGCAACGAAAAUCUUUAAAACCAAAGUCACGUAAAAAUAUAAAUCAAUCUAACGCUACUAAUAUUCCAAGUUCAAUAGUCGAGUCUAACUGGGAAAGAAAUUACACUACCUCGAUACAAACCAGAAGGAAAGGUAACUGCGAAACUAUCAAAUCCGUUACAACCGAAGAAUCAAACAAAUUUCAUUUGCAAAUAAAGGGAAAGGAACGAAAAGAUUUAGAUCACGCGGCAGAGACGCAAUGUUCCACGUACAAGCAAUACAGAACUAAUGGUAAUCUUAAGCAAGACGAGGAAAUAAAUAUACUGUACAAGUCAGUGUUUGAGAGAAGAUAUACAGAAUUUAAAGACAACGGAAGGAAAGAAAUCGACGCAAAUAUCAAACUUGAAAGAAACACAUAUAAAAUGUCCGUGGAAAAUAAAGUUAACACUACAGAAACAUUACGAGGUAAGAUAAACUUUAUGCAAAGUGAAAGAUUGCGCAUUGAAUGUACACUGUGUAACGUACAAAUUAAUUCUCUAUUUGACUUUCAACAACACGUGACGGAUAUACAUUUACAAUGUAAGAGGAAAUCAUUGGGUAGGAAAACAAAAUUUCCAGUCGUUAUCGUUAACUUGAACGAGCAAAUAAACGCAGAUGACAGGGGUAGCCAAUUCAUUUUCGAAUGUUGUUGUUGUUCAAGAAUAUUCGAUCGUGCAAUAGAUUUUGAAGAACAUAUCAACAACAUGCAUCGUACAAGCGACGUUAAAAGAAAAUGUAAAUCAAAACGAACGGCCAAAUCUUCCGAAUUGUACGCAACAACAUUUAAAGACGAACAAGUAGUCGAUGAAACUUGCGCUUUAAACGAACAUUACGUCUUCGAUAUUUCGACCAACGUGGACGGAAUUUCCAAUCAAAUAAUAACGAAAGAAAAUUUAGAAAUUAUAGAAAAUGUAAGAAGAUUGAAUAUCGAUGAAAAAUAUGGAAACGGUAUUUCAAGAAUUGCAAUUACCUCAAAAUCAGAACUUACCAAUAUACCGAGUUAUACGGAGAUUAAUGAAAGAUUCAAAGCAUACCAGAGGCACAAAAGAUAUUCCUUUAGUUGCGAUGUUUGUUUCAAAAGAUAUAAAAGGAAACAUAUGUUUCUAUCUCAUAUGUCGAAACACGUACGCGGCGAACAACGAAAGACGCAAGAGAGCGAUAAUCCAAUUACACUCGACAAUGAUCCAGCAUUGAAUUCAAACGUUAAAACUUGUCAAGGUUAUAUCGAUAGCUUCGAAGAAGACGACGACACGUCGAAUCCUACGGUAAAUUUGAACGAAUUGAACCAAAACACUUUAAUAUCAAAGAUGAUCGACAAGAACAAGGAGGUUAGCAACAGCAUUGAAAAUGCAAAUAUGGAAUAUGUUACCAAAGAGGAUAGUACAUCAAACAAAAUAGACAAUUACAGUUAUUUAUUACGUAUAAACCUUACGCAAAAGACUGAAGAAGGUACAAAAAGACAAAAAUCAAUUAAAUUCGAUAUAAACGUUGCAAAAAAGUAUAAGACGAGUAGCAGCAACGAGCAGCAAAAUAUAGAGAAUGAGAUUGAGAACAAGCGUCCUCCAAAAAGCAGUUUCACUAGAAACGGUAGUUUCGCGAUGACGGAUACGAAGAAGAUGGAUAAAAAGAAGAAGGACGAAAGUGGCGUGAAAAAACGACAGUGCAACGUAUGUGAUAAAAAAUUUAGUUCGUUAACGAUAUUGAAGGAACACAUGUUCAUUUUACACGACUCUCUGCUCGAAGAUCCAGAAUUAUCAAACUUACCAACGAUGCCACGUUUCAACGACAACCGUAAAAUACAAAAUCUAUCCACGCAAGAUACGUACACGUUGGAAGAGAAACGCGAUCUGUCACACGAAACGCGGACACGUAAGAAAAUGUUGGGAAACGGCGACGAACACGGCAAAGUAACAGUUUACCAAACUUUCAACACGGACAAGAAGAAUAGGAAAUGGCGUUGCAACGCGUGUAAAGAAAAUUUCGCGUUACUUAGAAAUUAUUUACGACAUAAAUAUUACUGUCACAACGAUGAAUCCGUAGUUCAUAUUUGCGAUAAUUGUAACAAAAUUCUUACCUCAGUCGCAAUGCGGCGUAUGCUUGACAAGACACAAUAUGAAUUGUCAUUUGGAGAAAGUAGGCCCACAUAUAUGCAAAAUAUGCAAAUUCAGUUUUCUCACGGCAUAUAUGUUGACAAAACACGAGGCAACACAUUCCACGUAACAAAUCCGACAAUCAACGGGCAAUUUCACAGAUUCACCCGUUCUAUUUGCAAAGGACGUUUCCAUCCAAUACCGUAAAUAAUACGAACUGAAUCACAGAAUGGAGAACUCAAUAAAAAACAAUCAAACAACAAGACUGUGUCUCGUACGAAUGAAAAUGUAGAAAUUUUGUAGUUGGGUAGUUUUCAGAAACCUAUAUUACCGUCCGUACCGUCUAGUAAUGAGUAA